CGCCCGCGCCCGCCGCUGCCUCUGCUUGGCCCGUUAGAGGCCGCUUGGGUCCGGGGACCGCGGGCCGAUCGUCUGGGGCCAUGAGGAAGCUCGCUGCUGGCUUCCUUCUCUCACUCCUGCGGGUGCUGCUCCCGCCGUCGUCAGCUGCCCCGGGCCAGGACUCAGUUCCGGCCUCCAUUCCCGGGAGCGCGCUCUCGUCCACCGAGUAUGAACGCUUCUUCGCUCUGCUGACCCCUACCUGGAAGGCAGAGACCACCUGCCGCCUCCGUGCAACCCACGGCUGCCGGAACCCCACCCUCGUCCAACUGGACCAAUAUGAGAAUCACGGCUUGGUGCCCGAUGGUGAGGGCCCGACUAGGGGGGCAGAUUUGUGCUCGUUGGAGACAAGGGAAGGGUAUGGGUGGCCUCUUACCCUGCGCCCCCAUUCUCCGCUCUCCAGACCCAGGGUGCCCACUGCGCCCUCUGGGAGGGAGCCCCCCUGUGUUCACCGUCUCCACCCCUGCCCCUUCCCAGGUGCUGUUUGCUCUGACCUCCCUUAUGCCUCCUGGUUUGAAUCCUUCUGCCAGUUUACCCAGUACCGUUGCUCCAACCACCUGUACUAUGCCAAGAGGGUUCGAUGCUCCCAGCCAGUCCCAAUUCUCUCACCUAACACUAUCAAGGAGAUAGACACUUCUACUGAGGCCCAGCCCAGCACAAUGACCUCCGCCAUGUCAUCCCACAACACAGCCACGGAACGGCAGGCCUUCCAGCCCUGGCCUGAACUGCUCAAGAACAACGUGGAGGAGCUGCUGCAGGCCUCCAUGACCCUGGGAGGGCCGGAGCGAGUGUCAGACUACAAGCAGGGUCAAGGGCAGGAGCACAAACAGGAGCAAGAGCAAGAACACAAACGGGAAGAAGAGCAGGAGCAAGAGGAACAGGAGGAAGAUGAAGAAGAGGAGGAAGAAGAGGAGGAGGAGGAGGAGGAGGAGGGGAAGCAGGAGGAAGGACAGGGGACAGAGGAGGGACUGAAUGCCAUGAAUGGGCUGCAGACAGACUCAGAGCCCAAGCGCCAGGCUGGUUUAUCUUCCAACCCUCCCUCCUUCACUGCCCGGGUGCGGGAAGUGCAGUCUACACCUGUGAUGAUGAAGAACAUCCAGGAGCUCAUUCGAUCUGCCCACGGAAUAGAAGAAAUGAGUGAUGCGGGAAAUGGAGACUCUGUUUGGAGAAGUCAAAUCUCUGGCGGCCUCUUGCACCUGCCCCAUGUGGAGGCCUUACUGGUGAUGUGCUAUUCCAUUGUGGAGAACACCUGCAUCAUGACCCCCACAGCCAGGGCCUGGCGGCACUUGGAGGAUGAGAUCCUUGGUUUCGGGAAGACGGUCUGUGACAGCCUUGGGCGGCGGCACCUAGCUGUCUGUCCCCUCUGUGCCUUCUGCUCCCUGAAGCUGGAGCAAUGUCAAUCGGAGGCCAGCCUGUUGCGGCAGCAGUGUGACGACUCCCACAAAACACCCUUCACAAGCCCCUUGCUCUCAUCGCAGAGCAUUUCCACCGGCACACAGAUGGGGACCGUAAAAUCGGGCCGCUAUUACGGGCUGGAUUUUUAUGGCGGGCUCCGCAUGGAUUUCUGGUGUGCUCUGCUAGCCACGAAGGGCUGCGAAGACAGUCGAGUAGCUGGCUGGCUCAAGACUGAGUUCCUUAGCUUCCAGGAUGGAGAUUUCCCCACCAAGAUUUGUGACACAGAUUAUGUGCAGUACCCGAACUACUGUGCCUUCAAGAGCCAACAGUGUCUGCUGAGAAACCGGGAGAAGAAGGUGUCCCGCAUGAGAUGUCUGAAGAAUGAGAGUUACAGUAUCUUGUCCGCAGCCAAAAGUGAGGAGCUUGUGCUUCGAUGGAGCCAGGAGUUUAGCACCUUGACUCUAGGCCACAUUGGAUGAGCUGGGAUUCUUCUUGUCUCCACCCCAUCCCAAACUGUCCACAUUCUCCGUUGCUUUUAGACUCCAUUUAUCAUCAGUUUCCUUCCAGGCUGCCCCUUUUGGGUCUCUUACCUGGUCCCUACUCCCAUUUUCCUUGGGUCGGGGCAGCAGUCCUGGAAAGGUCUGUGAUGGGAACUCCACCCUCCUUAAAGGAUGUCUUUGCAUAAAGUGUUUAUUUUCAA